AUGCUGUUCUUCAGCUUCUUCAAGACCCUCACGAACCAGGUCGUCACGAUAGAGCUCAAGAAUGACAUCCGAAUCCGCGGAACGCUGAAAUCAGUCGACCAAUACCUCAACAUCAAGCUCGACGACAUUGAUGUCCUAGAUCUCGACAAAUACCCACAUCUCUCCUCCGUGAAGAACAUGUUUAUCCGUGGUAGUGUGGUACGCUAUGUGGUGUUGCCCCGGUCGGAGGUGGACGUCGGGCUUCUGGAGGAUGCGACGAGGAGAGAGGCUGCCAACCAGGCGGGCAAAGCUCGGUGA